GGCGAUAAGAGAGUUAGCCUGGAUAUUUUUUCAUUUAAGAGCGUACUAAAUAUUAAUUAGGCAGCGUGGGUGCAGACUGUCCUGUUUUGUCUUUGCAGGGACAGGUUACCUCACUGAGGCGCUCUGAAAGGCUUCGUUCUCAUGAGGGCUUCUGCUGCUGCUGCUGCUGCGGGCUGCCGUCGACUUCCCGAAACAGCCGAGAAGGCAGGAGAAACGCUGUAGUAAUGUCUGAGAGCCCUGAGGAGCAGCCAAGUACUGGGGUCUUGGGCCGCAUUGGGAGCUGGUUCUCUCCGUGGAGGGGAAAGGGCCCGAAGAAUCCAAGUGAAAAUGCCUCACCAAGUAGCGACCAGGCUGUUAAGUCAGAGGGACAAGAGGAGAGAGACGAGUCAGUGAAACCCCAGGCAAGGGAACAACAGUGGGAGGAGGAGGAGGAGCAGAACUCCAAUCCCAGUCUGCCGGGUCUCUACAGAGACAUUUUCCCCAAUGUAGGGGAGGACGCCACACAGUCUGCCCACAGAGACGGCUCCGUUGUGUGCAGCCCUGAGACAGCAGAAGGAGGUCCUAGAGGGGAGGAGUUUGUGGGGAUCAGGAAGCAGAGAAUAGGGCAGGGCAAAGGGAGGGAGGAGAGCAGCAAUGGUACUUCAGUGAGCGGGAGUCCUGAAAGGAAUGCUAGUCAUCUGACACAUCUCUGUUCCUCUUCUGAGCAGGGAGUGGUAUGGGACUCUGCCCACACUCAGUCACAGGCCCAGAGUCAAGCACAUGCCCAGACAGGCCGGAGACUCCAUGUGUACCUGGAGGAGACCAGCGUAAUUCAAGGUGGCCAAGACACCCGUGCUGGACAGAAAGUUGUCCGAACCAAAUUUUCAAAAAGUCUACACGUCCUCCGCAGGGCAAAGUCAUCGCCAACUCUUGAUGCACCAGAGAGCUCAACAAGCACAGAGAACAAAAGGACAAAUGUGGAGACAAAGAGUCAGUACAGUGCUCUAGGAGAAGUGUCACUGAAAUUAAACAAGGACUCACAGUUUGAGCUCAAACUCAAUAAAGAACAAACAGAGGCAGACAACAUGGGGCGUAAAAACGCAACUAAAAGGAAAUCCAAGAAGAACUCUCAGGGAGAUGGAGGGAAAGGGCCUCCCAAUGCUGAACCUGUCCCAGAGGGAUUCCCUACAUCAGAUAACGCAUUGGACAGCCCUCAGGGUGAAAGUCCAAAGACUCACAUGGGAGAGUCAUCUGCAAACUCCUCCUCCAAGCACAACCCCACCUCUCAGGCCUCACCUGGAGUAGGGGAGAGUAAGACUUCCUGCGCUGACACAGUCAAGCAGCUGGAUACCUUGCAGGACUCAAACUUGGCCAUUGCAGCUAAUCUGGAAUGUGUGGUUGAUGGAACCGCAGACAUGGAGGAUGAUGACAGUCUUUACAAAGUGGAAAGGAAGACAGAGACACCAGAGUCCAAACGCAGGAGUAUUAAAGUUUCUCAAAGUGAGGUGAAGGUUUUUGCAAAAAAUGUGCCUUUAAAUUCAAAACAAACUCCAGCAAGGAAUUUAAAAACUAAAGAUGAAACAAAGGACAAGUCCAGAACAGAGACUGAUGCAAGAGUACAUGGCUGGAAGAAAACAGAUGAAGAAUGUAAACCAGUUACUGGCCGGAUUGCAGAUAAAAUCAGCCUUUUCGAGCGCCCUGCAGGCGCGUUCAAUAAGCAGACCUCCCAGACCUCGAGGAGCGCAGAUGUCUCUCCAGUCAGGAAAGCCACAGAAAAGCUGAAAGCAGAUUCUGUAUUGCUAGACCAGAGGUCAAGAUCAGCUGAACGUUAUGACAGGACCAAGUCCAGCUCUGCGUCGCCUGCCAGGGAGAUGCAGAUGACGAUUAAGGAGCGAGCGAGGAAAUUCACAGACGCAUUGAAAACAGAUGACAAGACAGCAGUGCCUUCAAAGCCAGCCAUGACAGGAAUGUCAAAAAAAUCUGCCUCGUCUGUGGCAGCUGCUUCGUCAAAGUCACAAGAACAAGACAGUCAGGGUAAACCAGAUGCUAAAGACCAGAUACAAGCAAAGGCAGUGUCAGAGAUAGCAUUAAAACCAGAUUUACAAGAUAUGGCUGCUUUAGAGGGGGCGAUUUUCAUUCCUAAAGAACAACCAACAGACUCCAAAUCCAAGGACACAGUGGCCUCAAAAACAGCAAAUCAGGGUGCAAAACCUAACAGUGUUGAAGCAAAUGUUCGAGCUAAGGGGUCAGAGGAUUCUUCAGAAAUGACCGGUAACAUUAGCCAACAGUCAAAAGGCCCUGGCAGAACAGGCUCCCGCUCGAAAAGAAGAAAAAGUAGGGAAGCAACCAGUCCCCUCAGCCCCAAUAGCGAAAACAAACCAGAUCAUAAACCACUGGUCACUGCUAUAACACAAGAACAGGUGGAUGAUACAAAGGAGCCUGCUUCUGCCUCCAUACAACUGACAGAGAAAGUAACAUUACCAUCUGAUGAAGCCAAAGGAAAUACACCAGACGAGCAGCCUUUGCCUGAUGCCAAACAGAGAGCAUUUAAGAAGGAACUGGAGGUGUUAGACAAACAGUCUACACAGUUAGAUUCUUCACUUAAAAAGGAGAAUAUUGACAAGCCAGGCGGCGUACAUGAGUCUGAACUGUCUGUCAACAAGGAUGAAGUCGAUACUGCUGCUUGUAGCAGUGGAACAAAGACACCUAUUGACAAGGAUCCUGUUAGUUUACCCCAAAAGGAAGAAAAGGCAAUGGGACACAGCCUCUCAUUCACACAGGAGAGGGAAAAGGCCUCCAAGGACAGCAGAGAAACUCCAGCCCCCUCCUCCUCCCCCUCCUCAUCUGUGGUUGAACAACCAGUUGAGAAGCAGGAACCACCUGUUACAAUUCCCAAAUUAGAUAUAGAAUUGGCAAUGCAGUCUGAACCCAAAAGUAAAGAAAAAGUAAGGGAACCUAGUAAAAUUGACACAGGGCAAACACAGCAACCCCACCAUGAGGACACACAACAACUAAAUGAGGCUGAGCGUGAAGAUGAAAAAACACGUCAGGCUGACAAAAAAGAGAAAGAGACAGCACACCAGCUCCUGUGUUCAGAUAAAAGUACAACAAAGGUCAAGGGUUCAGACAGUGGACAAGACAUUUCAGCGACAGAAGGGAGUGUUGUCAGGGAUGAUGAAAGAAAAAAUGCUGAAAGAAAAGAAAAGACACCGCCGGUUAAAGAUGAAAGAAAAACAGAAACCAGCCAACGAGAACCAGUCUCUGAGUCCUCAGAAAAGACAUCAUUGGAGCUCCCUGCUCAAACACAACAGGUCAGACAGAUGACAAUUAAACAUCCACAAAAUGCUGCUGUUGGUGCUGUCACCCAGACUAAUGAGGAGGCUGUGAGUGGGACCAAGAAGGACAAAGAGUCUUCGAAGGGAGAGAUGGCAAGCAAAAUGCCUGCCGAGUUGCCAAAAGUAUCUACAGAAAGCCUUGGAACAAAAACAGAGUCAGUGGUGAUUGCAGCGGAACCACAGCCUGAUUUUGUACUCGUGGAAAAAGUGGAAAAUACACCAGAUGACUCAUGUGCACGUGGAGCUAAUGAUGCUGAGUUCUCUAGUGCAAAACCUAUUGCCAAAGCAGCCGCAGCAGUUGAGGAACUGACUGUAAAAGCCACUAAUGACAAUCCACUGCUGAUAAGUGCACAGACUGACGGCAUGGUAGAGAAACACUCUUCUGGUAAAGAGUCUACUCCGAUGCCUGUGUCUAAAUCUUUAGGCAAUGAGGGAGCUGGGCUGAAUGAUGAGAACUGUCAAACUGUCAAAUCAGUGCCCUCAGAAGUCAGAAUCUCAGGAGAUAUCAUGAAAAUCACUCCUGGACACCCGCAGGGUGAGGCAUCAAGAAAUAUAAAGAGCAAAAGUGAUAUCUCUUCACUCAAGGGUGCAGAAAAAAUGGAACCGCACCCUGCUGAUAGCACUGCUUCUACCUCCACAGCUAAUGUGGUAGAGAAGACAGCUGAGAAAACAACACAUUCAGCAGUAAAGGAACUUUCUUCUGUUGCUAAUGGCAAUAUCCCCCCGCAUCCACAACUCCACACAGUCAAAAACAACGUGGUCGAGAGCAAGCCAAGUCAAACUCCAAAAACAUCCACUUCUCCAGAGGCUAAUAAGCUAAUCCCAGAGCCAAGCCAGCGUUCAUCCCCGAAGAAGCUCCAUUUUCCACGGGGCCUAAGCAAAGAUGAUUCUGCAACAUGGCAAGACACCCCCUCUAGCUGGCUGGAUGUGGACGUUCCCAAGCAGAAACUUAAAUCCCCGAUGCCAAAACUGAGCUCCUCUAUAAGUGAGAGCAACCUUCUAGACACUUCUGGUGAGCUAGAUGAUGACGAUUUCAUUGAGAAAAUCAAGAAUCUCUGCGCUCCAUUCUCCCUUCCACCACGUAAACACAACCCACUGCGGCCGCCUCAGCCGCCGUUUGUGAUGCCUGCCAUCAAGGAGGACCGCUUUGAGAAGACGUUUGACCCUGAGGAGUUUAAGUUUGGCCUGAGUAGAAAGAAUAAGUUCACCAUAGACACUAUCCCAAGCACUUUGGCCAAGCUCCAGAACAUGGAGACAAAACUUAGCAUAAAGCCUGCCAGGGCUAGUUUGGCAGACAGAAGCAUCCUGCUCAGUAGCCUGGACACUAACUCUCGCCUCAAGGAAAAGACCUCUGUCAAAAAUGAAGAGGAUGUCAAGGAAGAGAAAGAUGACCAGAUCAAAGUGAAGUCCCGUCUGGAGGGGAGCUGUGUCUUUAGUAGCCUCAACUCCUCCUUUAGAGGGAAGAGAAAUGGAGUUCAAAAGCAGGAAGAAGGUACCAACUCUGGGGGAGUUUCACCUAGUGAGGCCCCACUGCAAAGCCCACCGCCUGUAUCCCAGCCACCCACGCCAAGUCCAACUGCCCUUUCCCCUGCUCCUCUCAAAGACACACUAGCCAAACAGAGCCCUGCCCCAAGCAACAGAGAGGAAGACCAGGCCGUGAAUGCUGUGGUCAGUGACUCAGGUCCUCCACUUCCCUCAUUUAACGACAUAAAGCUGCCAGACUAUUUAGAGAAGUACCUCCCUCGAGAACCAGCUAAACCAGUGCAGAGCAUACAAGGACAGGAGAAAGUCACACCCGAGGUUGUUGGAAAAAUAUCAACUCCAGCACAAAGAAGUGAGGCAGACUCGGCUGUGAAACCAAGUCCGGUGCUUCCUGAUGCUGUGCCUCCAUCUUUUCCUCAGAUUCCUCCGAUCACACACCCUACACUCCCUGAGCUGAAGCAGCCUCUGGCUCAGCCAGAGGGGAUACUUAAUAAAAAAAAAAGAGCUGUCAGAGGAUUUCACAAGCGCCCUGGAAAGAUGGUGUUGUUUGAGAAAACUCAGUUCAGCGGCCAAGCGUAUGAGAUUUACAGAGAUGUAGCAGAUGCAAGUUCUCUGCAGCUCUCACCUGUCAUUUCUGUGAAGGUCAUUAGAGGAUGUUGGGUGCUCUAUGAGAAGCCUGACUUCCAGGGACGCCCAGUCGCCUUGGAAGAGGGGGGCACUGAAUUGACAAAUAUGUGGGCAGAGCCUGGGCUGGAGACAGAACCAAUGCUGAUCGGCUCCAUUCGACUUGCUGUCUGGGAUUACAGCAUCCCCCAUAUCGAUCUGUUUACUGAACCAGAGGGCCUCGGCAGGGUAACACCUUACCGCGAUGACACAAUAGAGACGGGCUCAUUUGGCAUCCCACUCAGCACCGCUUCCAUCCAGGUGCACUCCGGGGUGUGGCUGGUAUACAGUGACCCCGGUUUCGAGGGCAUGUUAGCUGUGCUGGAAGCAGGAGUGUACCCUUUUCCUGAGACCUGGGGCUUCCCGUCACCAUUUGUUGGAUCGCUUAGACCGCUUAAAAUUGGUGGUUUCAAAGUGGAGAAUCCCAGUGAAGUCAAGGCCGUGGUGUACGAGAAACCUGGCUUUGAGGGGUCCUGUGUGGAAAUUGACAAUGAGGUUUUCAGCUUUUGUGAAAGCGAAGGAGGCAUGGCUGCAGAUGGAGGGAACUUUAACCCAAAGAAACUGAAGACUGUGGGUUCUUUGAAGAUCAUCGGAGGACUCUGGGUGGGCUACAGCGAGCCUGGGUUUGAGGGACAGCAGCACAUCCUGGAAGAAGGAGAGUACCUGGACCCCAGCGACUGGGGCAGCUCAGAGCAGCUUCUGUCACUGCGGCCAAUUCUGUCUGAUUUCUUGUCUCCACACCUCAAGAUGUUCAGCGACAGAGAUUUCAGCGAGCGGGGAGUCAACAUUGAUCUCACGGUGCCUGUUAUUAACAUGGAAGACACAGGCUAUGGCAUGAAGACGCAUUCAAUUGAUGUCAUCGAUGGCGUCUGGGUUGUGUUUGAUGAGCCAGGCUUUUGUGGUGAACCCUACAUACUGGAGAGAGGAAUGUAUGGAAGCCCAGAGGACUGGGGGGCACUGCAGCCCAGAGUUGCCUCAGUAAUGCCAGUUGUGUUGGAUGAUUUUGAGAACACAGCCAAGUUUAAGGUGCAGCUUUUCUCUGAACCAGGUUUUCAAGGCCCUGUCCUGGUUCUUGAGGAAAGUGUGUCCUCUCUGGAGGACGGGUUCACUGUGGCCUCCUGCAAGGUUCUGGCUGGCAGCUGGCUGGCGUUUGAGGGCCAGGACUUCGCUGGCAGGAUGUAUGUGUUGGAAGUGGGGAACUACUCAGACCUGAGAGCAAUGGGCUGUGUCCACGCAGGGUCCUCCAUCCUGUCACUGCAGACUGUCGGCUUUGAGUUCUCACUGCCAUCCAUCACUCUGUUUGAGCGCUGUGGUCUGCGGGGGAAGAGGGUGAUUGUGACUGAUGCAACAGUAAACCUUCAGCUGGCUGGAGCCUGCAGCAGAGUCCAGUCUGUGCUAGUGGAAGGAGGCAUCUGGGUAUUAUAUGAGGGAAUCAACUAUCGGGGAUCUCAGAUUUUGCUGAAACCUGGUGAGGUGUCUGACUGGCGCAAGCUCAGUAGCUGGCAGAAAAUUGGAUCCCUCCGCCCUCUCAUGCAGAAGCAAGUGCACUUCCGCUUGAGGAACAGACAAACGCGGCUCAUGAUGUCAGUGACGGGUGAUUUGGAAGACGUCAAACUGAUGCGGGUGCAGGAAACAGAGGAGACUGGUGGUUACGAGCAGAUCUGGUUCUACUACAACGGACACCUCCACUGCAAGCUGCUGGAGGAGUGCUGUCUGAGUCCCAGUGGUAGUGUGACGCUGGCAGGAAGCCGAGUGGGUCUCACCCCAGAGCGAGACGACCAUCUCUGGAGCAUCACCCCUGAGGGCUUUAUCUGCUACACCCCCACCUCCAAUCUGGUCUUGGAAAUCAAAGGGGGACAUCACUACGACAAAAACCAAGUGAUUCUAAACACACUUGAUCCAAAAAAACUGCAACAACGGUGGGAUGUGGAGAUUAUAUGAACACAUAUGAGCUGCUGGACUGGAUCACUCAUAUUAUCAGAGGCACAGCUCUUGUGCAACUGCAAGACAAGUGCUGAAGGAUGAGGUACAUUAUUGGAGUUGAUCAACCUUUGAUGCAGGAGAACAACGACGAGGUCAAAAUGCAGAGAAAAAUCCGUAAGAAUGUAUUAAUACUCAUGAACAUACAAGCAGUGCAGCUUGAAUUAUAAAUACUUACUUUUUACACUUCUGCUAAUAUGUCUUAAAUGUUUGUUCUGUCUUUUUGAAUGAAUCUGUUUGCCUGAUGUUAAUUAACUUAAACAGUGUUAAAGCAUACUGUAUCUUUCUAUGCAAUGGCAUUUUAUAUAUGAUAGCCUUUCCUGCAUAAAACAUGAUGAAACAAAAAUA